CUUCUUUCUAGAAACUCGAGGUUUAAUUCAAUUAAACAAACCUGUCAUUACACCAGGUGAAAUUCUAAGGUUCCGUGUGAUCGUGCUUAAUACCGACGGGAAGCCAGUUGUUUCACAUGAGAAAUCAGUGUCCGUAUACGUGAAAGAUCCUAAUGGUAACGUGAUAAAACAAUGGUCCAAUGUCAGUCUUUACAGUGGAGUAUUUGAAAACCAAAUAGCAAUACCUACCAUACCGGUACUGGGAACAUACUCUGUGAGAGUUGCUUUAACUGUGAAUGAUGUUCCAUUGGCUUCGAAAGAAUUUGAAGUGAGGGAUUAUGACAUCGAUUCGAUUGAUUUCAACAUCUAUCCAACGGCUGUACCACUUCUACAGUAUCAGGCGCUCAAUCUAACUAUUGAUGUGAAAAAUUACAUAGGUAAACCUGUGAGGGGUACUUUCACCAUCAGCUCGGUUAAGCAAUACUACAGAGAUAUCACAAUGACUAAGGUCCACACGUGGGAUGUGAAUGGAAAACGGCAAAUAGAUGUGCCUUUUAGCGAAAAGCUGGAAAUUCGUUCUGAUGAGGACACCACCACGCUGAUAAUCAGGUGUUUCUUCACCGAGCAAUACACAAAUCGAACAACUAUCAAAGAGGAGAAGAUAGUGGUGUAUGCUUCCAAGUACAAAGUGAUAAAGGCUAAUAAAAGGCUGACAUAUCUCCCUGGAUCGUCAUUCACCGCCAAAUUUAAUGUCACUUACCAUAAUGAUGAACCAGCAAUACUUGUUACUCUUCUUGUUGAAGUUGAAGGAAACAUUGUUGGUGCUGGCUUCUUCAGACCAAACCAAAUGAACAGAUACCCGUUUAAACUGUUGAUGUCUGAAAAGCUUAUCCCUCGAUCGAAAAUAUUUGUUGCCACUAUUGUGAGAAAAUCAUUUAUAUACGGAGACGUGGAACUAUCUAUCAACGAUUUUGGUAACCCGCUCGAGAUAAAAAUUGAAGAAAAUAUCAGCGAAGAUGGUGUUGAUCCUGGGGAUGAAAUUGAGUUAGGCAUCCGCGGACGUCCUGGAGCGUACGUGUCAUUGGCAGCAUAUGACCAACGUCUGAUGCAGCAAAUCGUGGAAUAUCGUGGAAAUCACGAUAUUGUAUUUGCAGAAGUAUGGGAAAUGUUUGAUAAUUAUUUUGACCGAUCUAGGUAUUCCUAUGAUAAGUUGACAGAUCUUGGCAUAUUUGCCGUGGUUACUGAUGAUACAAUCCAAAUUACUAGUGAACCUUCUGUUUUUAAUGUAUGGCAUAGCGCACGUGGAAUCUAUCCAGAUGCUCCUCGCUACGGUAUGCCUGGUCCGUACAGAACCGACUUUUGGGAGUCGUGGUUGUGGCAGAAUCUGACUAUACCUCCAUCAGGAAGAGCCGAGCUUGUAGUGACAGUGCCUCAUUCAACAACCUCUUGGUUCAUAACUGGGAUUUCAAUAGAUCCUAAAUAUGGUUUAGGUAUCGUCAACAAACCGAUCACGUUCUCUACCGUUAAAAUCUUCUUCAUUUUGGACCACUUGCCACACUCGAUCAAACGGGGAGAGACGAUAUCGUUGCAUUUUACUAUUUUCAGUUCAAUGCAAGAAGUGUUUGAGGCCACCGUGACAUUGUUUAAUAGCAAGAAUCAAUUGCUGUUAAUCGAUCGUCCUGCAGAAGAUAUGAAUGAAACGAAAAGUGUAUUCGUUCCUGCAAAUUCUGAUGCAUCUGUCUCGUUCCUAGUAAAAGCAAUGAAGCUAGGGGAAUUGGAGAUCCAGGUGAAUGCAUCGAUCAUGCAAGGAGUAAUAUCCGAUAGCUUUAAGAAAAUCGUGAUGGUACAUCCGGAAGACGUAGUGGUUCUGAGGUCAAAACGAAUACAAUUCGAUCGUGAUAGCCCAUCAAAUCAAUCGUUCGACAUUCCGCUUUUAAUGGACAACAAGGCAGAAGAUCGCGACGUACCAGUUGACUUAAUUGUUUAUCCGGAUCAGCAAUCUUUAAAGGAUCUUCAAAACAGUUAUAAUGUAUCAGUCUAUCAUGAUCGCUUUGAAGAAUUGAUGCAUGUAAAUUCGGAUUUCCAUGAGAAUAUCACGAUAAAAUCCAUUCCGUUAAUAUGGGAUCUAUAUCAUCUUAACGGCAAGAUUGCUAGGAAAUUAUCAGUGAUCGUCAUGAGUUCCGGGUCAGGAACGAUUCAGAUCAAUUGGCAAUACCGUCUUAAUUUGAUCUACUUUAAGCCCCGUUUCAAUCUACAAAUUACCAAACUACCGACUCCCACUAAGUGGAUGAAGGAGCUUCAUAUUUGCUGCAGCUUCAUUCCAAAGAAAAGGGAUAAUCAUUCAAAUGGCACGGUCGUGGAAGUGAGCAUACCAAUCGGCUACGCGAUGGAUAGCCACAAUGUUGUUGAAGAAACAACGAUCAAUCCGAUGAGUAGAAUCGAGAUACUACACGAUGGAACAACGGUGUUGGUAUACUUCAACCAUAUGGGUAACGAGGCGUCUUGCUUUAGCGUAUUUGCAUACAGAAGGUAUAAAAAUCGAGUGAGACAUCCCUCAUACAUCAAGGUGCAAGAUUUUUACCGUCCAGCGCUGAAUAUAGUAAAGAUGUUCGAUUUCCAUUAG